CAGUCACAAUCACGCCCUCCCACGCCGCCGCCAUGGCUCUCAGCCUCUCCGCUCGCCUCCCUUCGUGCUCAUCCUCUGUAUUUGAGAAAGCCCACAAGGUAACAACGCAGCCUCCAAUCCUACCUUUCCCGUCCAAUCUCGCCGCUUGUGGAUGCACUUUGCUACCGGCUUCCAUGGGCGUCGCCCGCCGAAGGAGGCAGGUGGUUGGGGCGGUGGAGGAGCAACACAACCAAACCUCAGUCUUGGCCCAAAAACAGUCUCCUUCUUAUUCUUCUUCCAAGCUGGUGCUCGUCAUCGGUGCCUCUGGUGGAGUUGGGCAGUUAGUUGUUGCAUCCUUGCUUAGUAGAAAUAUUAAGACACGCUUGCUACUUAGAGAUCCUUCAAAAGCAAUAUCUUUGUUUGGUUUGCAAGAUGAGAACACUCUUGAGGUACGUGAAGGUGACACAAGAAAUCAAAAUGACUUAGAUCCAACUAUCUUUGAUGGAGUGACGCAUAUUAUUUGCUGUACUGGAACUACAGCUUUUCCUUCAAAACGUUGGGACGGAGAUAACACCCCUGAACGAGUAGACUGGGAAGGAAUCCGGAACCUUGUUUUGGCACUUCCUCCUACUCUUGAGAGGCUUGUUCUUGUGUCAUCAAUUGGCGUUACAAAAUACAAUGUGUUACCAUGGAGCAUUAUGAAUCUCUUUGGUGUUCUAAAAUUCAAGAAGAUGGGCGAAGAUUUUGUGCGAAGUUCUGUUGUACCAUUCACCAUUAUUAGGGCUGGGAGAUUGACUGAUGGACCAUACACUUCCUAUGAUCUAAAUACAUUGUUGAAAGCAACUGCUGGAAAACGCCGUGCAGUUAUUUUAAGUCAAGGAGAUAAGCUUGUUGGGGAGGUUAGCAGACUUGUAGUUGCUGAAGCAUGUAUACAAGCACUUGACCUAGAGUGUACUAAAAGAAAGAUCUACGAGAUCAACUCAGUUGAGGGAGACGGCCCUGGGAGUGUUCCAGAGAAAUGGAGGGAGCUCUUUGAAUCUGCCGAAACUAAUUAGUCUGAAUCAUAAUUUCUCUCCUCGUAACUUGUUAAAGUGGCUUCAUGUAUAAGCAAACGAAGCAUCUCAAGGUACAUAAACAAGCUAAGGUACAUGUAGAUUUGAUGAGAGCUAUGUGAGUGCAACGGAAGAAUUCAACGAGUAAUGAGAGGCAAUCACCAUUCUGCAUUAUGUAGUUCUGCAUGAUAUAGCAAUCCCCUCCUUGGCACUCAUCUAAGGAAAAGAAAGCCAUACACAGAAUCAGUUUGCGUGAAUGAGAACAAUCCAACUAAUGUCAUGGAUAUAAUUGUUAUUUUUCCAGUCAUGAUGUUCAUGAGAAUCUGCUUAGUGCUAUUGUACAGGUGAGGCCAGUAGCCUUGGCCCGAUUUCCAGCUCAUGUCAUGGUGUUUAUUGUUUUUAUUUCAUCGACGUGCUAUUUUGUUUUGUUUAAUUAUGAAUGUAUCCAAACUUAGCUGGCAUGUGAGGGAAUGGGAAUUGGCAAACAACAAUAUAGUAUUAUUAUUGAUUGCAUGCGAUUACAAAUGCUA